AUGCCAGAAGAUACCACUAUUAUUAGAUCCGCCCGAACGAACGCGAGGCAGCAUAAGCGAGAGAUUAUUAACACUUUAAGUAAGAACUCUACUUUUCUUAUGCUCCGGCGUAUAAAGCGGCUUCGCCCUUAUUUUACGCCAUUUUAUGAUAAGUAUAAGCGAUCGGACCUUACGUUAGAUAACGAUAAAUAG